CCCUUCUCUAAACACACCACCUUCGGCGUCAAGUGUUCCCUGCAACUGUGUGUGUGUGUGUGUGUGUGGUCUUGUUGGUCGAUGUGAGAGACGGAGAUCGAGAGAGAGAGAGUGACUACGAAGUGAUAUCUUGUGCAAAACCAUUGAGGAUACAUGACUGAAUGAUUUGAAGCAUUUUCGUGCUGUACUUUUGAUACAACAAUCGUCUAGCAAGAGUCAAGUGUCGUACUCUUUCGAGAUGCAGUAGUUCCCAUUUCUGAGUUCAGCGCAGCUUCGAGUAUCUCUGAGUUUAUUACUGAUCUUGAUCUACUUGUUCUAACUUAUCAAAACACUCCUGGUCAACUUUAAUUGUCUCUGUGAACAGAAGAGUAGUUGUGAGCCUCCUCGUCUGCUGAAGUUUCUUUAAGAAUACUUAGUAGUACCUGGAAGUUUGUACUCGAAGGUUGCUGAGCGCAGUGACUUGUGCGGCUAUUCAAGUUUUCCUACAACCAGAUUCUUAAUUGUUUUCGAGAAUAAGAAGUCUAGCGCGUGCGAUGGCGGGGCAGUACUUCUACGACCCCCGACCCUACUACGGGGUCAACAAUCACAGCGGCUUGAUGCCUUUGGACGAGGUUUUUUACGGAAGGUACGAGCCCGUCCCCUACUGGAUGGAUCAGCGAAUGGCGCCAGUGUCAUUCGAGGAUGGUUACUUCUCUAACCAAAAACAAAUGAUGUAUAUGCCUCGAAGGCCCGAAAUGCAGCAAUACAUCCAGCGGGAGGACAACCUCAUGGCUUACAAGAGGCCGGAGGUGCGGGACGAUGUCUACACGGACAUGUACAGGCGGCCACAGCAGAUGAUGAGGCCGGAGGUGCGAGACGACAUGUACAUGGACAUGUACAGGCGGCCACAACAGAUGAUGAGGCCGGAGGUGCGAGACGACAUGUACAUGGAUUAUUCCAAGCGCCCAAUGCAUUUCAAUGGAGCGCCUACGGGCGGCUACGGGGCGUAUCCCGAAAUGCGUCAGCUGCGAGGACAAUCACAAGAUGAUACAUGGCUUCACACCAUGACUCCAAUGGGUGCCAAAUCUCAGAGCAAGUUCACUGGCCGGGGUCUAGAGUCGCAGGGAAUGAUGGUCCGCAACGGCCCUGACCAGCUACGACUAGAGGAGCCGAUGGGCUACAUGCCCAGUAGAAACAUUGGCGGUGGUGAGCAGUGCCAGCAGAUGGGAAUGCCAAUGGGCCCGGUAAGCAACGGUCGGAAGAGUGACGGAGAUCAGUACAUGACUCGGCAGAUGGAGAUGCCUGUGAACCAAAUGACAAGCAGUACCAUCAACCACGGCGGGGAUCAGUACCGGCAGAUGCCUGUGAGCAACAAGACCAGCAACGGCAACAGCAAUCAGAACAACAAACAGAUGAACUUGCCGAGAAACCAGUCCGCCAAUGGAUACAACAUCGUGAACAACGGGUAUAACGGGUACGAGCAGUGGAAUGGAAAAUCCCAAGGUCAAGGUGACAAAUCCAUGCGCUCCAGUGGGAACCAAGGCAACACGAAGCAGCGCGGUUUCUCACAGAAUAACGACAGUUCCGACGAAGAAGACGACGAUGACGAGUACGAGAAUGGAAACCAUGGUACCAAGCGGAGCUCCAACAACAGACACUAUCAUCAGGGCGAAAAGCAGCAGCUAUUGCGCAACAAGUUCGACAGCCAAAACUACGGCUCGGAGAAGACGGGGUUGAAAUCAAAGUUUAGCGGGCAAGGGAAGUCGAACAGCAAUCAGGCUUAUGGAAACACUCACUCAGGCCAGAACCAAAGCAAGACGAGCCAGAAGUUGUAUCAAGACACAUGGGACAGCUCUUCGGAUGACGACGAGGGUUUCACUUACACCAAGAAAGCUUCUAAGGGGCAGCACAUGCUGAGCACUACUAAGGUCCAGCACAGCGGCCAUGGCCAUGGUAACAAGCAGCAGUCCAGCUUCCAGGACCACAACCACCACGCCAAGCAAACACAAUAUGGCAGUAACCAAUCGAAAUGUGUGGAGCUCAAGGUUCCGAUCUGCUGCGACAACUGCGAACGGAAAGUGAGGAAUGCCUUGGAAUACAUGGAUGGUGUAGAAAGUGUGUUGUGCGAUCAAUGGAGCAGGAAGGUGAUCGUCUACGGCAACGUGAAGCCAGAAACUGUGCUCAAGAAGGUGAGGCGAGUGAAGAAAACUGCCGAGUUAUGGCAACAAUCGAAGCAACAACUGCAACAGGUCCAGUUAUACUGAGUCAAAAAUUCAAAAAAACAUUCUGCGCCUUGGAUGUUCUGCCGUGUAUAUACAGUUCACCUUCUCAGUUACCAAAUUAUAUAGAUACCUUCUUUGAGUUUGACAAUUGAAGAUUUUUGACACAUACCCAGUUCCCACAUAGACUCAAAUUCAUCUUACGAACGACUGUCAAUCGUUAGGCUGAGAGGAAAUCCCACACAAUGCGUAGUAAUUGAUACAUUCUUCUUCACCAAGCUAGUAUACAGAAGGUCUGACUCAUCAAUCUCCACAUGGGGAGUCUCAAAAACAUGAGAUAUUACUGAGUGUUUUCACUGUUGGUCGUUGAUUAGAGAUUUCGCUCAGUUACCAGACAUUCGAACGAUCGUCAAUAUUGUCCGGAUGGGCUUCCCUGCCGACUUCACGAGGCUCACAUUGGGCAACUGUUACUGCCGUCUUUCUUACAAAAUUUCUAAAAUAAAACUGAAAAGAACGAAAACCCAAAAACCUUUUUUCCCAAUACAAAUAUCUUCCCGAGCUCUCUCAUGGAUAGCCAUUCCUGUGCAUUGCUGUGGUCCUUUUUUCGAUAUUUAUCGCAACAUAGACUAUGAUUGUGACUG